GCGCGCCUGGGUGACUGCUGUAGGCCUGGGUUAGCCAGAGCAGGAAGUGAACCUGCUAUGGCUCACAGGCCGAAAAGGACUUUCCGGCAGCGCCGAGCGGACUCUAGUGACAGCGACAGCACCCAUGAGCCAUUUGCUGAACCCGGGGCGCCGGGGGAGCAGGCAGACCUGGGCCCUGCGGAGGAAGGGCUGUCGUCUGGCGGAGUCCGCGCGGAAGCGGCGGAACUACCCCGCCGGGCCCGGGGUCGGGGCCGGGGCCGCGGCCGGGUCUGGGCCAGUUCCCGGCACGCCGCGAGAGCGGCUCAGCGUUUGGACGGAGGCUCGGACGUCCUAGGUGACGCGGGGCAGCAGGAAUCCAGAGCGGUUGAUCUUUCAACAGACGAAGAGGACGGAACACAUCGUUCUUCAGAAAGUAAAGAUGAUCAGAGUUCAUCUUCCAAUAGCUCUAGCUCUCUGGAAGAAGAGUUUACAUCACUAGUAAAUAUCCCUGAUGCAGCUUUUAUUCAGGCAGCCUACCAAAAACGUGAAUUGGCCAGGGCCCAAGAGGACUAUAUUUCUUUGGAUGUAAAACAUGCCUUCACCAUCUCUGGUAUGAAGAAAAACACUGAAUAUCCUGAGAGUGAGCCUGAUGGUCAUGAAAAUAUAAUGCCAUUUACCCCAAAGCCUCAAACACUUAGACAAAAGAUGGCUGAAACAACAGCAACCAGAAAUGAAGAAACAAGUGAAGACAGUGAAGAAGAUAAAAAAUAUCAGGAUAUUUGGGAACAGCAGCAGAUGAGAAGAGCAGUUAAAAUCACAAAGGGACAAGACAUAGAUCUUUCUCAUAGCACUGAAUCUCAAACAGUGAAGAAGUUUGAUGCUUCCAUUUCAUUUCCACCAGUAAAUUUAGAAAUUAUAAAGAAGCAACUAAAUACUAGAUUAACAUUACUACAGGAUACUCACCGCUCACACCUGAGGGAAUAUGAAAAAUACAUACAAGAUGUCAAGAGCUCAAAGAGUACCAUCCAGAACCUAGAGAAUUCAUCAAAUCAAGUUCUAAAUUUUAAAUUCUAUAAAAGCAUGAAAGUUUAUGUGGAGAAUUUAAUUGACUGUCUUGAUAAAAAGAUUAUCAACAUCCAAGAAAUAGAAUCAGCCAUGCAUGCACUCCUUGUAAAACAAGCCAUGAUCUUUAUGAAACGCAGGCAAGAUGAAUUAAAACAUGAAUCAGCGUAUUUACAACAGUUAUCACGCAAAGCUGAGACGUCAACAAAUACAAGCUUGGCUAUAGAUGAAAAAACUCAAUGGAUUUUAGAAGAGAUUGAAUCUCGAAGGGCACAAAGAAGACAAGCAAGGGUUCUUUCUGGGAAUUGUACUCAUCAGGAAGGAACAUCUAGUGAUGAUGAACUAUCCUCAGCAGACAUGAUGGACUUCCAAAAAAGCCAAGGUGACAUUUUACAGGAUCAUAAGAAGAUUUUUGAAGAUGUACACGAUGAUUUUUGUAAUAUCCAGAAUAUUUUAUUGAAAUUUCAACAAUGGCGAGAAAAGUUUCCUGAUUCUUAUUAUGAAGCUUUCAUUAGUUUAUGCAUUCCGAAGCUUUUAAAUCCCCUAAUACGAUUUCAGUUGAUUGAUUGGAAUCCUCUUAAGUUUGAUUCCAUAGGUUUAAAACAGAUGCCAUGGUUCACAGCUAUAGAAGAAUUUAUAGAUGGCAGUAUGGAAGAUUCAAAGAAGGAAGAUAGUUCUGAUAAGAAAAUCUUGUCUACUGUCAUCAGCAAAACAAUUAUUCCUCGACUUACAGACUUUGUAGAAUUCAUUUGGGAUCCCUUGUCAACCUCACAGACAACAAAUUUAAUAACACAGAGCAGAAUGAUUUUUGAAGAACAUUCCACUUGUGAAAAUGAAGUUAUUAAUAAAGGCAAACAGGAUUUACUUAAACCCAUUGUUUCAAGAAUGAAGAAGGCAAUAGAUGAUGAUGUUUUUAUUCCUCUAUAUCCAGAGAGGAUGGAAGAGCUGUAUGGAAAGAAAAGAAAGGAACUUCUAAGCUUGCUAGUUAAUGUGAAUCCUGAAGAGAUGCCUGCAUGUAAAAAUUCCCCCCCAGUAAGUGCUGUAGAAAACAGAAUGUCACCACAUUCAAAGUUCCAAGAAAGACAGUUCUGGUCAGGUCUAAAGCUCUUCCGCAAUAUUCUUCUUUGGAAUGAACUCCUCCCAGAAGACACCUUGCAAGAGCUAGGACUAGGGAAGCUGCUGAAUCGUUAUCUUAUUAUAGCUCUUCUCAAUGCCAUACCUGGGCCAGAUGUUGUUAAAAAGUGCAACCAGAUAGCAGCAUGUUUACCAGAAAAAUGGUUCCAAAAUUCUGCCAUGAGAACAUCUAUUCCCCAGCUAGAAAACUUCAUCCAGUUUUUACUGCAGUCUGCACGUAAAUUAUCUACAAGUGAAAUCAGGGAUGAAGUCAAAGAAAUAAUUCUUAUUCUGGUGAAAAUAAAAGCUUUGAAUCAAGCAGAAUCCUUCAUAGAAGAAUAUCACCUAGACCAUCUUAAAUCAGUAAUUAAAGAAGUUUGAGUGAACUUUAUAGGAAACUACUAAAAUGAGGUUUUAAUAUAGGCACACUUGGCUCUUUUGCUUGGAGAAAGAAGGAAAAAAAAAAAAAAAUGUUGCCA